GCUCGCAAGUGUUGACCACCUUGUGCUUUCCUCCCCUCCCGCAGUGACGUCUCCAUGCAAGAUCCUCAAGUGCAACUCUGAGUUCUGGGCGGCCACGUCGGGCUCCCACCACCUGGGCACGGAGGAGGCGCCCGAAUUCUGCACGGCCCUGCGCGCCUACGCGCACUGCACCCGCCGCACCGCCCGCACCUGCAGGGGCGACCUGGCCUACCACUCCGCCGUGCAUGGCAUAGACGAUCUGAUGGUGCAACACAACUGCUCCAAGGAUGGCCCCACGUCCCAGCCCCGCCUCCGGACAUUGCCCCCUGGGGACAGCCAGGAGCGCUCCGACAGCCCCGAAAUCUGCCACUACGAGAAGAGCUUUCACAAACACUCGGCCGCCCCCAACUAUACCCACUGCGGGCUCUUCGGGGACCCCCACCUCAGGACUUUCACGGACACUUUCCAGACCUGCAAGGUGCAAGGGGCUUGGCCGCUCAUAGACAAUAACUACCUGAAUGUCCAGGUCACCAACACGCCGGUGCUGCCUGGCUCCACGGCCACCGCCACCAGCAAGCUCACCAUCAUCUUCAAGAGCUUCCAGGAGUGCGUGGACCAGAAAGUCUACCAGGCGGAGAUGGACGAGCUCCCUGCUGCCUUUGCCGACGGCUCCAAGAACGGUGGAGACAAGCACGGGGCCAACAGCCUGAAGAUCACCGAGAAGGUGUCGGGCCAACACAUCGAGAUCCAGGCGAAGUACAUUGGCACCACCAUCGUGGUGAGGCAGGUGGGCCGCUACCUCACCUUCGCCGUGCGGAUGCCGGAGGAGGUGGUCAACGCCGUGGAGGACCGGGACAGUCAGGGCCUCUACCUGUGCCUCCGUGGUUGUCCGCUCAACCAACAGAUUGACUUCCAGACCGUCCGCUCGGCUCAGGCCACAGAGGGCCGCGCUCGGAGAAAGGGGCCCAGCCUGCCGGCCCCCCCUGAGGCCUUCACCUAUGAAACGGCCACAGCCAAGUGCAGGGAAAAGCUGCCCGUGGAGGACCUCUACUUCCAGUCCUGCGUCUUUGACCUCCUCACCACAGGAGACGUCAACUUCAUGCUGGCUGCUUACUAUGCCUUUGAGGACGUGAAGAUGCUUCACUCCAACAAAGACAAGCUGCACCUCUACGAAAGGACACGGGACCUGGCCCCGGGCAACGCAGCUCCCUCAGGGACCUUCCCCACCCUCUGGGUAGCACUGCUGUGUUUGAGUCUGUGUUGGCUGGGCUUGUUAUAGAGGUUUGCUCCCAAACAGCAUGGAGAGCGGGGAAAGGAGAGCAGGAGGGCACCAGGGAUGAGACGGUGGUGCUGGACAACGGGAGGUUGGAUGUCAGAGCCACGUGGGUUCUGCUCAAAUCUCAGCCCC